UCUUUUAUCGGGAAACAAAUAGCGCGAUAUAUUUACAGAGAUAUACUGUUCAUUCGUCGCCCGCCUUAGCAGCUCGUCAGCGCAAUCAGCUGAUUUUGAAGGUCGAUCGCUAUCGGCUAACUUUAAAUGUCACAAACAGAUGUUCCUCGUCCCGGCCCGGUGAAUCAACGGAACUUCGCGAGGUAAGAGGCAAAAACGCGGGAGAUGAGGUUCUGACUGACGAAGUCGGGAUCGGAGAUGGAGUUGACUGACGUGCACGGAAGAUAUGCAGAGUACACGACACCAACGAGGAGUGCUGUGUGAGCGGAAUUAUGCGCGGUGCUCGUGGCUAAUAGAGAGUUCACUUAUCCUCCUUGUGUGCGCGAACAAGUUGAUGAUUAUGUCACAAGCGAUCACGAUUUGAUAUUCGCCAAGAUAUCACGGCCAAAUGUUCGCAGGAGAUUCAAACACCGAAACUUACGUGAUGUACAGGUUAUCAUGAGACCUUGGUAAACAAAUGUUGGUGCAAAAGAUCUGUCCUACCUAUCUGUCAAAGUCAACAAGUGCGUCAACAGUUUUGAAGCAGUUCCUAUUAGCAGAGAUAGUCAUCGAUGAUUUCGUUACUUCAGUGUGAAUUCAAAGGCAACCUUCUCCACGUGUGAAAGAGGAGUCCUCAGUCCUCUUUCUUCAAGACCUCCAGGUUUCUAACCUUAUUUAAAGACAGAACAUAGAGAUACUGUUCAUUCAAACGCAUUCAAAGACGACAAAAGUAACUUGGAAGCACCAGCCAGAACCUACAAGACCUAACAAGAUGAAACCGCUGCUUAAAGUGUUAUACUCGCUCUGUUGGAGCAACGCUUACUUGAUCAUGGGCAUAUGCAUGGGCCUGAGUUUCAGUCUACUACUGAUACCGAUCGACGUUGACAAGCAACACGACAUAGCAGAAUCUUUUGAUCACUCCUCCAAUACUCUGGAGGAUGUGGACCCUUAUGAGCCACGGAUAAACACCGACGGUAAACCCCAACAGGUCCUGAAGGCGAGGAAGACGUUCAUACGCCCGCGAUAUUAUUCAACGGAGCUCGGUAUCAGGGAGAAAUUGUUUGUGGGCAUUAUAACAAGCCGGGAACACCUCCACAGCAGGGACGUGGCGCUGAACAAAACUAUCGCCCACAUAGUAGAUAAAAUCCGCUACUUCAUCUCUAUACCGGAAGGGACCAAGCCGAACGUCUCUUUCCCUGGGAUAGUGGGAUUCACCGAUACGAGAAACGUCCUGAAACCUUUUCACGCCAUGAAAUAUAUCAUCGAUAACUAUCUAGAGAACUAUGACUAUUAUUUUUUAGUCAAGGACGUGAGUUACAUCAACGCGAGAGGUCUAACGGAAUUUGUGAACAAGAUAAGCGUGAGCCAAAACGUCCACAUAGGUGUACCAAGCGAAAUCGAGACCUAUUGUUCCCUGGAGUCCGGCAUUCUGCUGAGCAACUCCGUUAUACAGGAGAUCAAAAACAAUCUAGACUGGUGCGUGAAGAACGCAUAUUCGGACUCGGACGACGUUAACGUCGGUCGCUGCAUUCUUCAUUCGACGUCAAUGCCGUGCACCGAACGCGCGCAAGGGCAAGACUUCAAGUUUAUACGCUUGAAGCCUGCGUUUCACUUCGAGCGCGACUUCGCCGAGCUGGCUGAGCGGACUGACUUCCGCAAUUCGUUGUCUGUGUAUCCUAUCUACGAUCAUAUGCUCGUUUACAAGUUUAACAUGUACUUUGCCGCGAUUAACUCCAUGAAGGUUCACAAGCUGAUUGGCGACAUACGCAAGGUGAUCUCGGAGACUACACAUCUGGGCCCGCCGAAUCAACGCAACGUAUCGUGGCCCAUCGGCAAUCAACCGGGCAACAGGCCGUCGGGACGUUUCGACGUCCUGCGCUGGUCAUGCUUCAACGAGUCUCACGCGUUCUUCGAGACCGACUUCAUUAAUAUCCAAGAGUUGCGCGGCGACACCAAGUCCGGCAUCGAUUAUGUGAUCAACGCAGCUGCUAAUAGUAUUAUCAACAAGUACGACAAUAAACUGAGCUACAAGAGGCUUCUAAACGGCUAUCAGAAAUUCGACGCAUCCAGGGGCAUGGAUUACAUACUCGACAUCGUGUUCAACGAAGUGACUACCGGCAAAGAGGUCAAGAAGCGGAUUGAGGUUUGCAAGCCGCUGGGUAAAGUGGAAAUUAUACCUGUGCCAUACGUGACCGAGAACACAAGGAUCAACGUGAUCGUCGUUAUUGACUUGGACAAGAAGCAGGAUGCGUUGAAUUUCAUGGAGCACUAUGCGCAAGAUUGCAUGGAGAAGAAGUACAAGACCUUCCUCAUGGUGGUGCUCUUGUACAAUUUUGACUCGCAGUCAAAGGGCAGAGGCGACGUCUUCUACGAAAUAAAAAAGAACAUAUUGACGUUGAACGAGAAGUAUAAAAAGGAUCAGUCUAAGAUCACGUGGCUUUCGAUACGAUUGCCGAGCAACGUGACUUCUGUAGACUUCGAUCCGAUGUUGAAGAUCGCCGUGACAGACUUAUACGCAAAGAAGUUCUCCUCAGAGAGCCUGAUUCUACUCGCGGAGGCGGGAGCAAAGCUGAAGGUGGAUUAUUUAAACAGAGUUCGCAUGAACACCAUUAGUCGUUAUCAGAUAUUCAGUCCGAUUCCGUUCAUCGAAUAUCACCCCGACAUAAUCUACGCGGAUGAAGAAGCUCACAACGAGGUAGAUGUCAACAGCAAUUACGGCAAAUACGACGAACAGAACUUCAAUAACAUUGCAUUUUACAUCAAGGAUUACAACGCAAUGCGGCAAACAGUUGAAGCCAACAUUCCGCUGACGCGAUCUGAUAAGGAUAUCGCGACGCUGCUGAAACUUUCGAAACACAGUCCUGUAACUUCCUUAUUUGAGAUGUACGUGUCUUUCAGCGAUAUGCAUGUGUUCCGCGCGAUCGAGCCGACGCUAAAGAUCAAGUAUAGAGACGUUAACUGCGAGGACAAUUCCAACGAUAAUAUUUAUAAGAGCUGUCUUAAAUUAAAAAAUAGUCACUUGGGUAAGCGUAGCCAGCUAGCUAGACUAAUAUUAGAUUAUCAAAGCUACCAUACGUAAGGGAACAGAAGUCGCAGUAUUAAAUCAGUAUACAUAUUUGAAUCAUAAUUGCACAUAAUUAAGAGUAAGCAUGUAUUGUGUAAUAAAUAAUUUAU